AUGGAUCCUAGACAACCCGUUCAAAGUCAACAUCUUUCAGCUCAGAUGACACAACGGCAGCACCAGAGGUUUUCAUGGCAAGCCCCUUUGCAAGAAGAGGCUCCGGCUUAUGAACAAACGCAACAGCGAACCCCACAGCAUCAGACAACCCAACCACAGGUUAGCCCCGAGGAAUCAUCGCAGCGACACUUCUCCUAUGCGCAGACCCCCAACGAGCUCCGCGCCUUCGUCUAUACAUCUUCACCCAACGAUCCGCCGCUCCCGCAGUGUGUACCGAUAUCUCUUCCUACAUCGCCGUACACACCCAUCGAUCCUCGUCCUCAGUCGUUGCUCAAUCCGCAACUUCCGACCACCCACGCCCAAUUACAGACAGCUUACGUACCACCAUCUCACCUGCAGGAUGAUAAACCUCCUGUCUCGCCCAUCACAGCACACGAAUACCCACGCACACUGCCCUUCUCGCCAGUAUCGCCAUCACCACCACAACAGCCGGUCCAGCCGGCGCAGAUCAAUACACAACAGAGCAGGCACGCACGGCAAAUGAGCAAUCUGUCGCCUAUCAACACACAGGUGGGCCAAUACCCUAUGCCUCCGCUACCUCCAAUUCCAUCCGCGGGCGCUCAAACUUCGCCGCUACCGCACAAGACUCCUAUAACACCCAUAUCUGCGGGGUCUACGAAGAAGGAUCUGACACGAGAUGGCCCAAUGUCGCCAUCGAACCGCAUAUCAUACGCUAACGAGCCCUACUCGCCGCACGGCUUCACAUCAAAUCAAACAAACAACUUUCAUCACGCUGUUUUCUCGCCGGACGCAGCAACUGGGCCGAACGGUUUGGACUUUGCGCUGCACCAACCGGGCCAAAUUGCCCACCCAAACAUGGAUUCAGAACGGUCACACAAGUGGAAUCACUCUUUGUGUGCUUGUAGCGGCGACGUCUCAACAUGCCUCACUGGUCUUUUCUGUCCCUGUAUCGUUUAUGGCCGGACAUCGUACCGCCUCUCCCAGAAAUCCGCGAAGAAAGAUCCGACCGAUAUGCUAGGCUACAGCUCCACAAACGGCCACUGCGGGAUGAUGAGCCUGUCAUGCGGCUUGUGGUGGCUGUUUCCGAUGCUGCAAAGAACAAGAAUUCGGCAUGCGUAUAAGUUGGAGGGUGGGCUCGGGAGUGACUGCAUCAAAGGACUCUGCUGCUGUUGCUGUGUUGCGGUGCAGAAUGAGAGAGAGGUCAGGGACAGGGAAGAGGCGAGUAGAAGGUGGGCAGGGCCGGCUAGCACAGAUGUGUAUACGAGGACAAGUGGGAUGGUUUACAAGCCGCAGCAGUAG